UUGAGAACAGUCUUCAAACUGUUCCCAUUGUUUUUGCCAAAAAGGCAUUAAAAAAACAUAGCGUCAAACGAUUUUAUUUUUCACAUUUUUGUGUGAAUUAUUGUAAAAAUCUAUGUGAAAUUGUAGUUAGUGAAGAGAUUUGGUGCGGUAGUUUAACUUUCGAGGCAUCAGUUAAGCGUACAACUGUCCAGGAACGGCAGGAAAAGAUGUCUGUGGUCAUUGAGACAACUUUGGGUGACUUAACGGUGGACUUAUUUAUCCGGGAGCGUCCUCUAACUUGCCUGAACUUCUUGAAGCUCUGUAAAUUAAAAUUCUACAACUAUAACCUCUUCCACUCCAUUCAGCAUGGUUUUAUUGCCCAAACUGGCGACCCAACGGGUUCAGGGCACAGCGGCACUUCUGUCUGGGGUGUCAUUGAGGGUCCCCAUAAGCGUUACUUCGAGGGAGAGACAUUACCCAAGAUUCGCCAUACAGAACUGGGGUUACUGUCGAUGGUGAGCUCUGGAGGAAAUAUGAUUGGAUCACAGUUCUUCUUCACUCUUGGGCAGGAUCUAACAUCCCUCGAUGGUCUUCACUGUGUCAUUGGAGAAGUGGUUGAGGGACAUGAUGUCCUCAGACAGCUCAGUGAAGUGAUUUGUGAUGAAAAAUAUCGUCCUUAUAAGGAUGUCCGGAUCACUCAUACUGUAGUACUUGAAGAUCCAUUUGACGACCCGCGUGGAUUCCGGGAACCCACAAGAUCACCAUCACCAACACCACAGAGACUUCAAGGUGGCAGAAUAGCGGCCGAUGAAGAAAUUGAUGACACUGAAGGGAAGACUGAGCAGGAGAUUUCAGAGAUGCUGCAGGAGCAGGAAGCAAAGGCUAGAGCUACAAUUCUGGAGAUUGUCGGAGAUCUCCCAGAUGCAGAUAUUGCUCCUCCUGAAAAUGUCCUUUUCGUCUGUAAACUCAAUCCAGUAACGACUGAUGAUGACCUGGAGCUGAUAUUCAGUCGAUUUGGGAGGAUUAAGGGCUGCGAGGUCAUCCGAGAUGCCUCUACUGGAGCAUCUCUCCAAUAUGCUUUUGUGGAAUUUGAAGAACAAAAGUCCUGCGAGGAUGCAUACUUCAAAAUGAACAAUGUCUUGAUAGAUGACAGGAGGAUUCAUGUGGACUUCUCGCAAUCCGUGUCCAAAGUAAAGUGGCGUGGAAAGGGCCGUGGAGUGUAUCACAUGAAGGAAGAGAAGAAAAAUGGAAAGUCGGGUGAGAAGAGAAGCGAGAGGGAUUACCCUGAGGAUCGCAAUCGGAGGCAUCAAGAUGAUCGUCGAAGGAGUCGAGAAAGGAGAAGAGAUUACUCUCCUGUGCCGCGGAGAAGUGAAUCCUCAAGGUACCAUAACGAUAGAGAUUACUAUUCGAGAUCAAUGGCCAGGAGAAGAUCUCGGAGUGUUGAGAGAAGUCGAUCGAGACGGUCGAGAUCACGAUCUCCGGGAGUUGCCCACUCAUCCCGGAAUACAGAUUGGCAUCGGAGGGUGUCACAGUCCAAUGGACGGGACAGCAGGAGACGCCCCAAUCAUAUAGAAUCAUCCAGCAGUGAGCGAGAGAAGGAGGAGAAGCGCAAGAAGCAAAAGAGGAAUAAAACAAAGAAAUCAAAGAAGUCACGCACGAGCUCAGAUGACAGCUCGUCCAGUGAUUCUCAGGACUACCGGAAAUCCAAUAAGAAGAAAAAGAAGAAGCAUAAGAAGGACCGAUAGGAAACUAUGGCGGAAGUGGAUGUAAAAAAAGAAAGUGUUGCAAAUUAAAAUUACACAACAUCGCA